CACUGCCGUGCUGUAACUAGCCCCACACUUUCAUCAUCCUUCAAAUUUCAUAAUCCAUAAUCACAAACUUCCACUCCUAACACCAAAAUAAAUACCACUCCAUCCCAUAAAUCAAGAACAAGUCCACUUUUUUUAUUCAAUCUUUUUGUCUUUUUAUCUUCUUUUUCAAUUAUUUUGGACCCUUUUUUAAAGUCUUUAUCCUUUUCCAAUUUUAUCUCUUUUCAGUUUUCACACUCACUCUUAAGUCUUAACAAAAUCAUAUUUCUUCCUUCCUCCUACCAAAAACCAAAACUAUACCAUACUCCAUUAUAAACUCAAAACCCCAAAAAAAAAAAACCCCUCUUCUACUUCUUUUAUUUUCACUUCGUUUGAUAAUUUCGUUUACAGUUUUGUGAGAAAACGUAUCCAAUCUCCCCACACUCGAACAAUGAACAACCCAAAGGGCGGCGGCGGCGGCGGCGGCGGCGAAACAACAAUGAAUUUCGCGGAGCAAGUAGUAAAGGGAAGAUGGUUCACAGUAUUCGCAUCCCUUUUGAUAAUGGCAGGAGCAGGUGCUACAUAUCUAUUUGGUGUAUACUCAAAAGAGAUUAAAUCAUCCUUAGGAUAUGAUCAAUCAACCCUUAAUCUUUUGGGGUUUUUCAAAGAUUUGGGUGCAAAUGUAGGUGUAUUUUCCGGCCUAAUUGCCGAAGUAAUUCCUACUUGGGCCGUCCUAUUAAUCGGAUCAUCCAUGAAUUUUGUGGGUUAUUUCAUGAUUUGGCUUGCGGUUACCUAUAAAAUCGCACGGCCUAAAGUUUGGCAUAUGUGUUUGUACAUUAUGAUUGGUGCAAAUUCUCAAAACUUUGCUAACACUGGUGCGUUGGUUACUUGUGUUAAGAAUUUUCCCGAAAGUAGGGGGAUUAUGCUCGGACUAUUGAAGGGUUAUGUUGGGUUAAGUGGUGCGAUUAUGACCCAAAUUUACUUAGCCAUUUAUGGGAACGACUCGAAGUCAUUGAUUCUGUUGAUCGGGUGGUUACCGGCCGCGAUUUCGGUUGUAUUUGUGUAUACCAUUAGAACCAUGAAAGUAAACCGCCAACCUAACAAUGAGGUAAAGGUUUUUUACCAUUUCUUGUAUGUUUCGAUUGGGUUAGCAUUGUUUCUUAUGGCUAUGACUAUUUUGCAAAAAUUGGUUACUUUUAGUAGGGCUGCUUAUGCUGGUAGUGUUAGUGUUGUUUGUGUUAUGUUGUUUUUGCCCCUUUUGAUUGCGGUUAGGGAGGAGUUUUAUAUUCGAACUCGAGCCGAGUCUCGGACUUGUGGUGGUGGUGGUGGUGGUGGUGAUGGUUCAUGUCCUUUGCCUUCCAAUAAUAGUAAUGUUGGUGGUUUUGUUGUGCCAAAAUAUAUUGAUGAUAAUGAGAAGGAGCUUUUGGAGUUUGUUGAUGGUAAAAAGAAGGAAAGGUCUUGUUUUCUUACUAUAUGUAACAAGCCUGAAAGAGGGGAGGAUUAUACAAUUUUACAAGCACUUUUGAGUUUGGAUAUGGGUAUUUUGUUCCUAGCUACAUUGUUUGGGUUAGGUUCUAGUUUGACGGCUGUGGAUAAUUUGGGUCAAAUUGGUGAAUCAUUGGGCUACCCGACUAAGACGAUUAGCACAUUCGUGUCUUUGGUGAGCAUAUGGAACUACUUUGGGAGAGUAUUCGCCGGGUUUGUGUCCGAAGCACUAUUAGCCAAGUGGAAGAUCCCACGGCCGCUAAUGUUGACACUUGUCCUACUACUCGCGUGUGUGGGCCAUCUACUCAUCGCGUUCCCCAUCCCAGGAUCCGUCUACAUUGCAUCAGUAAUCAUCGGGUUCUCCUUUGGGGCGCAACUGCCCUUAUUAUUUGCCAUCAUAUCAGAGUUGUUCGGGCUCAAGUACUACUCCACAUUGUUCAAUUGUGGGCAAUUGGCUAGCCCACUCGGGUCGUACCUACUCAACGUUAAGGUGACCGGGAUGUUAUAUGAUAAGCAAGCUAUAAAAGAGUUGGCUAAGAAAGGUCUAUCAAGGAAAGAUGUUAAGGAAUUAACAUGUCUAGGGUCACGUUGUUAUAGACUAUCUUUUCUUAUUUUGGCAGGCGUUACAUUUUUUGGUGCAUUGGUUUCAUUUAUAUUGGUGUUAAGAACUAGGGAAUUUUAUAAAGGAGACAUCUAUGAGAAGUUUAGGGAGCAAGCAGAGAAUGCGGACAAAGAGAAGGGUUUGGUGCUGAGCAAGCCUGCUGCACAAAAAGAAGCUGAAUAAUUAGUAGUAAUUAGUGUUUGUUUUCAAGUAUUAACAAAUGGUACAAGUGGUUGAUUCACUAAAUUGUUCCUCAGCUACACUAUUAUUGCAAUACAGUUGAGAUUCAAUCACGGUUGUAAAUUGAUUAAUUCGGUUGCUAUAUUACAAAGUAGUAUAUUUUA